CGUCAGCGAGGCAGCCUUGGACAAACGUGAAUGAGGAUCGAGCCAAGGAUACAACGUUUGAUUUGUAAACUAAUAAGUAAAUUCUUAUAGUUAGGAAUCUCAAUAAAACUUGCCUUUAUUUGUGGGCAAGGUCAGCAGAAUUUUGAUCGUUUUUUCCUGUGAUAGACAGAAAAGUUGAACUGGAGAUACUGUGUUUUGUUUACUGAUUUCAUGGCCGGGCAUGAAUCGUUCGCAUGAUGAAAGGCAGAGUUUACGAGGAGAAGGCGUGAUGAACAGUGUAAGCAAUCGUUCUAUGAACCCGGUUAUGUCAGUUGCAAGCCUAGAAAAAGACAAACACGAGAGUUCCAUUGGUCCAAAGAUGAAUUCAGGGAAUGAGCACUCGGGCUACAGGGCUGUGGAUCUGAUCAAACCAAGCAAGUCUUUAAGCAAUGCAAUGUCUCAUGUGUCUGUUGGGUCUGCACCACUGCCUCCAAUGCCGCCAUUGCAAGCACCGUUACUUACCAGUAUUUUGCCAGGUCCUGGUCACCCAAUUAUGCCACCAGGACUCCCACAUGGAACAUUGGUUCAUGGAAGUGCGCUCCCUGCACAAAUACCCUUGAUGGGCAGAGCAGCUGCUGCAGUUGCCCCACCAAGAGCCAGCAUUGCUGUUCCCCCACUGAGAGCAACAACAAUGCCUCCUCUAAAGUCAGCUAGUAAUGCAAGUCAAAUAUCACAGAAUAUCAAGAUUCCAGUACCUGGUAAAGGCACCAGCAUCUUUUCUCCUGUUGUCCCAUCCAACAGACUUCAACCAUCAUCAUCUGCACAGUCAUCUGGACAAAUUAUAAGUCGAUCUAUUGAGCAUACCAAAGGUUUAGAUUCAAAGACCAGUCAUGUACAGGCAGAUGUACACCAGAUGCACUCUAAUUCUAGCUCAGGCAAUGCUGUAGCUGCCGGCACAGCAACGGUUCAGGUUAUUGCAUCUGGAACAGCUCCUCUGGGAUCUGCUCAAUCCAGCAAAUCAUUCUCUGUCAUACCAAAUCAAAAUAUACUCAAAAUCGGCUCACAGAGCUUGCAGUAUAAUCAAACAUCAGCAACAUCAAAUUCCAUUGCAGCUGUCACAACCUACAGGGUUGCUCCUCCACCAAACAACAUUGCUUUCAGUAAAAUCAUACCACAGCCAAUAUUGAUUCCAUCAACCACAUCAGGGACACCAAGCACCACAAAGCCGGACUCCCAGGAUCAUCCAAAAAGCAACACAUUGUCAAGCUCAAGCCACGGCCGCCUCUCGCCAACCACAACUUCUUCUCACCAUUCUGCUUUUACUGCGCAUCAUCACUAUAAUUCUGGAAUACCUGGAUCGUCAAACCAGCCACAUAUGCCAUAUUCAUCAAAUGAAAAUAAGAACGACAAACUGAAGCCUGGCAAUCCGUCGCUACAAUAUGCCAUUGGAUCAUACUUCCCAAUCGACACUGGAUUCUCACAUCCAAUUGGAGUUCACAGAUUUCCUUCUGGGACACCGUUCCACUCGUAUGUACGAACUCCGUCUGGCUCGACUUCCAGCUAUGGUUCAUUUCCCAUGUUUGUUGAGGGGACUCGUGGUUUUGCUUCAGCUCCACUGCCAAUCCCAGGGAUGACACCGUCAGCAAGAGACUCACACCACCAUUCAACAUCAGGGGAAUCCUCACCCGUAAUGAACAGCUCAUAUUCAAUCCACAACUUCCCGAACCUUCAGUCAUCAUCAUACCAUACGUCCGGACAACAAAGCAAUGUCUCCUCCUCACGACCCGGACCCGGAAUCCUACGCAAGCGCACAGCUGAAGGGUAUCCAGUUCAUGGCCUGGAUAGAAUCUCGAGCCCAACCAAGCAAGAACCUCGUAUUGAUCACAGACAGGAGCACUGGUCUGAUUCGAGACCAAGUUCCGGAUCCGGUAAUGCACCUUCACGCCAGGAAUCGCCGAGACUUUUAUGUGAUGAAAAGACAAUAUUCAGCGAUAGCUUCACCUCUGUGGCAGAAUCCAGUAGCUACAUAAAUAGUAGUAUUUCUUCAAUAACAACAAACGCAGAAAUGAAAGUAGAGCCAGUAACCCCUCCAGUGUCUGCUCAGAACAGCAGUGUGAGUGUUUCUGGUGCGUUGAUGCCGGCUGUUUCAACUGCAUCUGUCCCGGAGGCGUCUCCACGAAAAAAACCGAGGAAACAAAAUGUGGUUACCACGGAAGAUAAAUUCAGCAAGGUUUCACUUGAAGAGGAAGACGUUGAGCUAGAGAGCAAAUUCCGAGAUAAGCGGAAAGAGACUAAAGUAGACAGCCCGUUAAUACGCAUACAGAAGCCGGCUCCAAAACUGAAGACGGAAGAGCCCGCCCAAGAGGUGAAGCAGGAGCCUGUUGAACCAGAUGAAAAUACCAACUACUAUAUGUUCAUAAGUCGGAGAAGAAGUAGUGCUUUGGGUGAUUAUAAAAUUAACUCAAAGGCUGCAUACCAUCAUUUUUACAGAUAUUCAGACGUCAAAUCGAAAGAAGAGAAGAAGCCGAUAGAGCUGCUAAACAACAAACGGAUUUUGCAAAAUAUUUCUGCUUGGAGGAUUCAUCAUAUUUCAUCGCAAAUGGAUGAUCUGUGCUCCCUGGAGAAUGAAGUCUGCAACAAACUAUUCGAGUUUCAAAGGGAACUGCCUCGACCGAGCAAGCAGUUCAUGCUCACGGCUUUGUGUCACGACCUUCAAAAUGGGAAACGACACGCUUCGGUUGACGAACAAUUAAGAGUGCUCCACGAGCUGAUUCAGGGAAAUAUUCAACGUUGUCAGCUUAGCAUGGAGCAGCUGGUCGAAGCCAAACAGACAAUGUUACGAGUCACUGACCAUAAACCAAAGAUACUUGAUAUCAUCAAGAAACACAAACACAAAAGAUCAACGAAGAAAAAGACCCUCCCGUCGUAUUGAUGUUCGAGCGGUUUUAAUGAUUGGCGUUUAUAUCGUAGCAUCGUACAGAGUCUAUUUUUGCAAAGGAGCAGAAUUAUUUUGCUCGCACCCAAAGAAUAUCAUCACAAAUAGAUGCACGGCUUGAGUUAUAGUUCAGAUUUAAAAAGGCUUUUUGUUAUCAGGCGCCUGCUAUCAUAACGAGUGGGUUUUGAAAGAAUCAGUUUCUUUUUUAUUUUGAUUUACUACCCUCAAAAGUUCCACAUUUGCGAAAUUUGGAAAUAUCGGUGGAUGCUGCUCAGUUUAUGUGCUAAAAACGCUAUUAUUUCAUAUUUAAGCUAACAUAUUUAGGAUUCUUAGACCUGAAGGAAACCUCCUCUCUAUCGAGGAAGAAAAUUUCUAGGGACACUUUAAUGAGGAGAUCUUCUCUCCUGGGAAGUCCAAUGUUAACCACAAUUGUCUCUUGAGAGCCUUUGUAGUAUGCUCGGUGCGAGUCAAAUAAAAUUGUGAUAGACGCUGUAAAUUUGGAGUUGUACAGUACUUGUGCUACAUCCUUGUUUCAUAUUAUGUGUAAACUAGUUGUAUUAUCUUGGAUUGUAAUGUGAUGGUUUCCCGUUGAUCAAAGUAUCAUUUAAUAUGUAUAUUGCAAAAUGACUGACUUUCUCAGUCUCUUAGUUCCGUAUCGAUAUGUACAUUAUAGUCUUA